UCAAACAGUUGGCAGCCCUGGGGGUGAAGAAAGCUAAAUCUACGUGGAGGCAAAAAGUCCAAACUCAAAUAAUGGCAAACAAACCGAAAAAAGAGGAAGACAGCGGCAACGAUUGGAAUCAGAGCGACGAGGAUGACAACUGGGACGACUGGGGAGACGACGAGGAUAAGUUUGUGCAUGUGGAGAACGAGACGCAGCCACAACCCCAGCAGCAGAAAGAUGGAAGCAACAACAACGCAAAAGCCAGAGAGGAUGUGGUGGUGACACAGAAGCAGCAGCCGCCAGCUGCUGCUCCGCCGCCAGUUGCUGCUCCGCCCCCAUCGAUUUCAAACACAUCAUCCUCGUGGGGCCUGUGGGGCGGGAAACUGAGCUCCGUGCUAAGCACAGCCACCGAGGGAUUAGGUACCAUAACCACUCAGGUGAACCAGGGCUUGAGUCAGAUCAUAGGCGUGCCCGAUCCCGAAGAACUCGCUCGCAUCAAUGCAGCUGAACAGGCAGCUGCCAAGGAGCUGCCAGUUGACAACACCGAAAGGGAGAAAUCCCCAGCAGGAACGCCUGAAGAAACCACAGAAACAGAAGGCGAGGCGUCCCCCGCCUUCGGCCUUGGCUUCGUUACAAAUCUAGGCUCCAAGGUACUAAACACAGGGCUGGACACCCUCGAAGGCAUUGGCAAAAAGACCAUGACGAUACUGCAAGACAACGAUCCCAAGUUGAUGAACAAGCGGAAGCUCCUGGGACUGGAGGCCAACAAACCCAAUCUCAGUGCUCUGCUGCUGGAGGCGAAGAAGGAUGCAGACCAAAUGGAGGAGUCACUCCAACAGUUGCGGCUAGAGAAGCAAAAGGCGCAGCUUCGCUUUGAGAUUCUCUUCGAGCACUACUGCGGCCUGGUGCACUACGAGGCACUGGAGAUCCUAUCGAAGGAGUCGUGUCUCAAGCUGGACACCCUCCGGGAUGCGGUUAGUGGCAACGCUCUGUCCGAGCUGCAGGAAACAAUCAGCGAAGUGAAGGAGCUGCUCGAACUGGAGGAUUUGGAGUGCGAAAGCGAGGGCGACUACGACUCUCAGGAGCUGAGCGAGCGACUGGCGGGUACCAUUGCUGAUGCCGAGCUGGGGAUUCAGUUUGAUGAUGUGGCCAAACACUGGUCGCUGUGCCUGGAGUGGCUGUCAUCGGAUGAGGCCACCUCUGCCGAUCUAGAGCAGGCCUAUGCCAAGAGCAUCCACGCUCUGAGCGAAGCCUGCGCCCUGGAGAUGUGCAAGCUGCACAAAAUCGCCGAACUGCUGCUGGUGAAACCACAUCACAGCACUGCCAACGAGGUGGACGGCGUAGUCAAUCUCUGCAAACAAUUUAACGGACACCUCCAGGGUCUCAGCCACAGGUUCGCCGCCAUUUUGAGCAGCAAGCCGGAACCGGAGGAGGCCAAGGCCCGAGUUAGCACAUUCUUUUCCGAAAUGCUAUCGGGGGUGCAGUUUAUAGAGAAGGCUUACAAGCUUUUUACGCCCAUCCUGCAGAUGGGAGCUGUCUAAACAGAUCGAAAUCUAUUUGUUGUCCUUGCUAUUUUUACGAUAAUUAUCCUCUACUCCUCUUGUUUUCCAUAUAUAAAUGUAAACAUAUUAUUGAA